CCCUCUCUCUAUCUCUCGUCUCUCUUUUUCUCUCUCUGUUCGUUGAGUCUCUGAAACAAAUGAUAAGGAUUUGAAAAGGGGCAUGAGCAUUGCAGAGAAUGUCGUUGCCUUUCCAUUUAUCCUCAAUUUGUUUUGUGAGCUGGAGCACAAGGACGAGGGGAUUGCCGAUGCAGGCAUGAAGAGGUAUAGGAAUGGUGAGAUUUGGGAUUUCGAGUACGAAAUGCCGUUGGCGGAUGGUGCCUCCGGCGUCGUUCUGGGGUUGGAUGGUGGCACAACCUCCACAGUUUGUAUUUGCAUGCCCAUAACUCCUUUUUCACACCCUCAAAUCGAAUCUCUUCCCAUCCUUGCUCGGGCUGUUGCCGGUUGCUCUAACCACAAUAGCGUGGGAGAAACUGCUGCAAGGGAAACAUUAGAGCAAGUUAUGGCAGAUGCACUUUCAAAGUGUGGCUCAAAACGAUCUUCAGUCCGAGCUGUUUGCUUGGCUGUUUCUGGUGUUAACCAUCCAACAGAUCAGCAGAGAAUUCUCACUUGGCUAAGAGAUAUUUUCCCAAGCCAUGUGAGGCUCUAUGUUCAGAAUGAUGCUGUGGCUGCUUUGGCAAGUGGGACAAUGGGCAAACUUCAUGGUUGUGUAUUAAUAGCUGGGACAGGGACCAUUGCAUAUGGAUUUACCGAAGAUGGCAAAGAAGCAAGGGCUGCAGGUGCAGGACCUGUCUUAGGUGACUGGGGCAGUGGAUAUGGAAUAGCUGCACAGGCAUUAACCGCCGUAAUCAAGGCAUAUGAUGGCCGUGGUCCAAGUACAAUGCUAACAAGUAGUAUUUUACAAAAACUCGAUCUUUCUUCUCCUGAAGAAAUUAUCGGGUGGACCUAUGCAGAUCCCUCCUGGGCUCGUAUUGCAGCACUUGUCCCUGUUGUGGUGUCCUGUGCAGAGGCUGGAGAUGAGGUCGCAAAUAAGAUCCUGCUAGACUCUGUCCAAGAGCUGGCUUCAAGUGUAAAAGCCGUUGUAGAGAGACUUGGAUUAUGUGGCGAAGAUGGAAAGGGUGUUUUUCCCCUUGUUAUGGUUGGUGGUGUUCUUGAAGCAAAUAGGCGGUGGGAUAUAGGAAAAGAAGUCAUAAAAUGCAUCUCUAAGCACUUUCCCGGGGUACAGUCCAUUAGACCUCAGGUUGAGCCUGCAGUUGGUGCAGCGUGGCUAGCGUGGAAUUCUUUCAUGAAAGAAUUUCACAAGGAAAUAUGCAGAAGCUAACAAUGGAUGGAAUGAAUGGAGAAGAGGAAAGAAAACCAAAAAAAAAAAAAAAAAGUGAUGUGACCACUCAAUAUUGUUGAUUAAUGAAGUAGAUAAAAGUGCCAUAUUUAUGAUGAAAUAAACCGGCUUUGCAAGUUUGUGCGCCUUUCAGUAUUUGCCUAAGCACUUGUCAGGCUCACUUUUCCUCUCCUUCCUUCCUAUCAUUGGGUCGAGUAACUUGAAACAUUAUAUGUGAUGUAAAUACUAAAUACGUAUUUGUAAUGGAGUAAACGGGUUCGAGUCAGUCGCGGAAUAGCUCAAAGUGUUUGUGCUGGACUUACAUUGUUUCA